AUGAAGCUGAAGCCGACACCAAAGCCUGCCGACAUCAAGACAAGUUUUCUCAUCCGAACGCUGCCGAGGGAUUGCAACCCAACGCCCGUUCCUACCGGUGGAUUGGGUGCCAGUGCAUUGGGGUUGCUGUCCCCAAUAAUAAACCAGCCCAAAAAGCAAGAUACAGAACUGGAAACUUUGCAACUCGAUAAUCCAUUCGAUGACAUCACGGAGGACAAGCUACAGAGCAACCUCAGUAGCUUUCGGGAUCUGGGUACAUCGCUUCGAUCAUUGCGAGUUCUUUGGGCGAUGCACUGCCAGAUCUCCGAUCUCGACGGCAUCGGAGCACUCAUGAACUUGCAAGAGCUGUAUCUACAGCACAACAAAGUGAGCGACAUCAGCCCACUGACGAUGCAUGAGGAGCUUCGUGUGAUUGACCUCGAAGGGAAUCGAAUCACGGAUAUUGGUCAGAUCGAACAACUCGCGUUCUGUCCGCAGCUCAUGUCGCUUAACCUAACGGGGAACUCAGUUGAGACCGUCAAACACUACCGUCAGAUUGUUACCAAUUUCGUGCCACAACUGGUGUCGUUGGAUGACGAGGCACUGUCGGACAGCGAGAGAGUCAAGUUGUCGGACUCAGAAAUCGACGCUGCCAUCUGCAAUCAUCAAGAUCGGCUUCACACCGAUGUAUCAGCUUCUGACCCGAUGGUGCCGAAUGAGCUCAGAAGUCCUCGUCAGCUUUCAUCGAACGGACUUCCAGUGGAUUCUCCUCGUGCUGACGACUCCGGUAGCCGCCUCACUCAUGGAACCGACAUCGUGUUCGCCGGAAACGUCUCGAGUGCGCUUCGUCGACACCGACACGAGGCAACGGGAUCAAAUCGCGAUCUCUACAAACAUACGGGAGGCAGUUCUGAGGACUCUGCAAGCUCUGUUAAUACACGCCCUUCAUCGAGUCAUGGACUACCGGAACGCCCGAAGACGCCAGCACAACGAAUCUCCAUCACCGACACACUUGACCGAGCUCGAGAGCUUGACACCCACAAGCACAAGUCUCGCGACGCCAUCUUGGACGAGCUGAAAACCUGGCAGCUAGAUAGUGUCGGUACGUCGCAAAUCGAAGUUCCCCGUGACACCAACAAAGCGCUCUACCUCGAAGACACCACAGCUAAUCGCAGCAGAUGUCGACGAAAAGGAAGCAUCGACGGCGUCACUGGAAAUGGGGCAGCAAUUGUUGCUCGGCUGGAACGUCGACCCAACACGUCAGCUGGAGUAUUGCGAAAUGGAGUCAACGUCCGAGAAGCGUUUGUUGAGCCUGCACGAGUCCCACCGAGACCAAGGUCGCGAGGGGGGUCUUCAAAGUGUCGUGGGCUGUCCUCCGGUACGUCUACUGUCGACAUCCUCAUCUUAGAUGGCAGCGAUGACACGAAGCGACCAUGUUCUCCAAUCAAGACGUCAAUAGCCAGCUACACGAAGGCUCUGGGACGUCAGCAUGACUGGAAUCUGGACGUGCUCUCCCCUACAGUGGACAUCUCAACUGCUAAGCGCCAUCUACCGACUUCGCUGAGCAGUAAACAGCAACUUAGACGCUCCCAAAGACAAGAGGAGAACGAGGAUUCCAGCGACGACGAUGAAUCAAGCGUGUGUCCAGCCGUGGUAUCGGAACUCGGUAGUCCGACGCUAGUACCCAAGACUGCGUUCUUUAAUGUGGCUGAAAGUCUGAAUGCGAUCGAAAAGUGGCGAGACGAACUGGAAGACGACGCAGAAAGACUUCGUCAACUUAAGUGUUGCAGGUCUUCCGAGUUGUCUGUCACCGCGUAA